CAGUUUGCGAGGCAUUUUUUCACCUACGACCACCACACGCGUACGAAACGCGUCUUCGAUAUCUAGGAUAUGGUGCUCAUCGAGAACUGGCUGCCGCCUUCCAGGGAGAACUGGGAAACCCUGUGCUGGGUCUGGCAACUCUUUCCCCUGUUCGCGGCUGUUCAAUGGAUUACGGACUGGUAUCCGCAAGGCAAAACCUCCAAUGACUCCCGCUUCAACAUCCCCGGCAAACUAGCGUGGGCAACAAUGGAAGCGCCAGGAUUCACCACUCUUCUGUACAUAAUGUUCACGCUGCCGAAGCAAUUGGAGAUCGAGGAGUUGCCAUGGGGAAACUGGACAAUGGCAGGAUGCUUUACUAUCCACUACCUGUAUCGCGCCCUCCUCUCGCCCCUCGUCCUCAACCCAAGCAUGUCUCCCAUCCACCCCUUCGUCUGGGCCGCGGCCACCUGCUUCCAGCUCUGCAACGCCAUCUCCAUCGGCGGCUGGCUCGCAGGGUAUGGCCCGACCACCGUAUACGACUGGGCCGGGCGUCUAUACUGGAUGGAAGUCGGUCUCGUUAUCUGGGGAUGGGGCCUGCUGGCCAACAUAUAUCAUGACGAUGAUCUGCGCGAGAUCCGUCGCGCGGCCGAUCGUAGGCAGCGAAAGGAAGCAGAGAAGACAGGCCAGGCGCCGGAGAAGGUGGACAAGAUCUACAUGUUGCCGAAGAAUGGGCUGUUCGCAUACAUCUUGUAUCCGCAUUACCUUUGCGAAUGGAUCGAAUGGGCUGGAUUCUGGAUGGUUGGGGGCUUGAACUGUCAUCCUGCGAGGAGUUUCUUGGUCAACGAGAUCGCGACGAUGCUUCCCCGAGCACUGCAAGGAUGGAGGUGGUAUGUAGCUAAGUUUGGGAGCGACAAAGUUGGGAAUAGGAAGGCUAUCAUACCGGGAUUACUGUAACUCUCUUUGGAUCCUGGAGGCUUGCUAGUAGCUCACGGCUUCAAAGGGGUGCGAAUCUUUCAAGAUGGGUUCGCGCUUUUUCGACGAGAAGAGUACAUAUAUACACAGAAUAAUGAUUAUACAUGAUACUCCAGCAG